CUGACAGGACCGGUCAUGCUAGCAGGGCUGGUGCGGCACCGGCAGUCAGGGCAGAUCAUGGUGCUGAAGAUGAACAAGCUGAUGAGCAACCGGGGCAACAUGCUGCGGGAAGUGCAGCUCAUGAACCGCCUCUCCCACCCCAACAUCCUCCGGUUCAUGGGUGUCUGUGUGCACCAGGGGCAGCUGCAUGCACUCACGGAGUACAUCAACGGAGGAAACCUGGAGCAGCUCCUGGACAGCCCAGCCCCCCUGGCCUGGCCCACGCGCAUCAAGCUGGCGCUGGACAUCGCCCGCGGCCUGCGCUACCUGCACUACAAAGGCAUCUUUCACCGCGACCUCACCUCCAAGAACUGCCUGGUGAAGUGCGAGGACAAUGGCUACACGGCUGUGGUGGGAGACUUUGGCCUGGCCGAGAAGAUCCCCAUCUACAGUGAGGGCAGCGAGAAGGAGCCGCUGGCUGUGGUGGGCUCGCCGUACUGGAUGGCGCCGGAGGUGCUGCAUGGGGAACUGUACAACGAGAAGGCUGACGUCUUCGCCUACGGCAUCAUCCUGUGUGAGAUCAUUGCCCGGGUGCCGGCUGACCCCGACUACCUGCCCCGCACCGAGGAUUUUGGCCUGGACAUUGCCGCCUUCCGCAACCUGGUGAGGGACGACUGCCCGGCGCCCUUCCUCCAGCUGGCCUUCCACUGCUGCCGUAUGGAGCCAACAUCCCGGCCCUCCUUCCUGGAGAUCACACAGCGCCUAGAAGGCAUCCUGGAGCAGCAGCUAGGAGCGGAGGGCACAGUGCCCAGCGUCCAGGCUGAUGGGGAGGCCAUGCCUACGCCUAAGACACCAGCAGCUCUAAACGGGGAUGCUGCGCCUGCUCCCAUCCGUGUCGAACCACUGCCCCGGUGCGAGCCCAGCCCGUGGCUGCUGCCGCCACCCGACUACCGCCUCUCCCGCAGCCAGUCAGACAUGUUCCCACCACGCUCCCCUGGCUCGCGGCGGCCUCUGCAGCCCGAGGUGGAUGCACGCACUAGAGAAACACCGCCCCGCCUCAACCCCUUCUCCCAACGUGAGGACCUCAAGGGAGGCAAGACCAAGCUGUUUGACACGCCCAGCAAGUCGGUCAUCUCUCUGUCCUUCGACCUGCCACCCCCCGCCGCCUUCUCGCCCGGCAGCCCCGUGACGCCCGAGCCCACGGUGGAGGCGCACUGUGACUUCUCGGCCCCCGUGGUGCUCACCCGCAGGUGCCACUCACUGCCCGCCUCCCCCGAGCUGCCACGACACGCUGGGCUGGCCCUGGGUGUUGAGUCAGACUCUGCCUCCCACCAGCCACCAGCUCUGUGCCCUGUGGAGGCCCCUGCGCCCCCCCCGCUUCUCCCACCACUGCGCUGGGGGCAGGCACCGGAGCUGGGGGGCCGCUCAGCACUGCCCAACCCUGUGGGAGUGGAACUGAUGGACUGCAGCCCCGACAGCCCUGACCCACAGCAUGGGCCACCACCGGCUCCAGUGCCGGCCAACAGCAACUUCAUUCGCACGGCAGCCACGGACGCGAGGCCCUGGGCCCCGGAGGCCCUGCCACCCAACGGGCUGCGGUUCAACAACAACCACGUGGUGGUGAGCAAGCCCCAUGCCUGGGGCCGGGGUCUGGAGCACGGCUUCUCGGAGCUGAGCGUGCCACCUGCGGGCACCUUCGAGCGGACGGAGCACAGCGGUGCGGGGCUGGAGCAGGAUGAGGUGCUGGCCUGUCCCGGCUGCUGCCUGGGUCCCUUCAGCUUCAGCCUGGCCUCCGUGUGCCAGCGGCCCGCGCCCAGCCCGCCACGCUACCAGAACCUCAACUGCGAGGCCAAGAGCCUGCUGUGCCAGGACCGGGGCCGCCACCACAAGCCCCCGGGGCUGGUGCUAGCCGAGCCCAGCCUGAAGUUGCCCGAGGCACAGUCCUAGUCCUGGGCACAAUGGCCGCGGCCAGGUCUGGAGCCUGCGCUGACCUGCCAAAACCCUCGCCUGUCAUCUCCCUGCCCAACAUGCCCCGCACAGUGAGUGACAUGUGGGCCUGGGCUCAUCUUGGCAAGCAGCACCAUUUGGGGUGCAACCAGCAGGGCAGACGUGCCAGGGAGGCGGCAGCUUGGCCCUGACUCACCAGCGAGCCCCGGUGCCCAGGAAGCACAGUGCUGCGGUCCAGUGCCCGGGACGAGUGUAUCAGGUGCUGGCAGUGCCCCAUGGCCACGGCCCCGGGCGCAAGUGCAAUAACACGGCUGCCUCAGCACUGUCCAGACAGGAGAGGCUGGGUACUGGUUUCCCCCAACCGGGGGCACUGGGCCAUGCCCCUUUCUGGGGGGACCUCAUGCCUCACCUCUGAGGCGACAGGCUGGGGUGUGGGCUCUGCCCAUCCAGCAUUGGCUGGCCUCACUCACCAGCUAGGAAGCCAGUGCCCGGGGGCCUGGAUCGGGCCGGGGGCUAGAGCUGGGGGUGGGGGGUGGUCUUGUGGGGGGGGUGGGUUCAUCGGGCCUGCCCUGCUUUGCCCGGGGCAGUGGGACGGUUGUGCACAGAUGAGGGGUGGGGACGUCAGAGGUGUGGGGGUCCCGGUGACGGACCAGCUACUGGGGGUGGCCUGUGUGCAAUAGGGUGGCUGGGGGUGCCCCUGCCCCGGCGCUCCCUUCCCCACACACAUUGCACUGGUGAAUGCAAUCUCUGGGGUUUAAUAAUAUGACCAUGAGCGUGAGCAGCACGAAUGGCAGUAAUAUAUAUCCUGGCUUCUUUACAGUGUUGAAUAAACCUGCCUGUCCUGUAA